GUUUGACAGUUCCGACGCCGCCACCGCAGCCGCCGCGUCUAUAAUUUUUUCUCCCGUCGCCGCUGCCGCGCCGCAACAGCGUUCGAUUAUAUUUUACUCGUUCGUCUUCUCGACUAUAAUAUAUAACGUCUUAAACGCUCGUCGUCGUCAUUAUUAUUUGGUCGAGUCUACCUCAUUUGUCGUCGUCAUCCGCGAUUUAUAUUAUAUUUUUUAUUAUUUCGUAUAAUUUUUUCCACAACCGAUCGUCUCCAUCGUCGUCGUUUUCCUACAUCAUAAUAAUAUUAUCGUUCAACCGUCGUAUCAUUUCCACGCCAUGCAGGCAGGACUUGUAUCGCCUCCGCCACCGCUAUCGUUGUCCGCAAAAAGCCGUAUUAGUGACUAAUUAUUUACUAGGAUAACGCAGUGUUGUUAAAGUUUACGUCAAAGUUGAUUCUGUAUUGAUAUUGUUUCGUGAACGUCACUUGACGCAGCAGUCACCACUCGGUUAUGUGGUACGCUACAAACAUGAUGAAUCGUGUUAUUUUGGCGUCGUUCCUCUUAGCCGGUGUGGCGAGGUGUUACGAUUACGAUGAAGUAUUGCGGUUGUCACUCAUGUUCUACGAAGCACAGAGGUCGGGUCACCUGCCUGUCAACAACCGCAUCCCGUGGCGGGCUGACUCUGCGACCACAGACAAAGGGCAAAAUGGCGAAGACCUAUCCGGAGGAUAUUAUGACGCUGGCGAUUUUGUAAAAUUUGGCUUCACGAUGGCAAGCACUACGACCAUUUUGGCAUGGGGAUACUUGAGUUACAAAGACGCGUACGAGGAAGUUAACGAAUGGGAAAACGCAUUGGGUUCGAUACGCUGGGCCGCGGAGUACUUUAUCAAGUGUCACGUGAGCGACUACGAGUUUUACGGACAGGUGGGUGACUUCAGUCUGGACCAAGGUUUCUGGGGUCGGCCCGAAGACAUGAACAUGUCGAGGCCGUCGUACAAAAUCGACAAAAAUCGACCAGGUUCCGAUUUGGCCGGUGAGACAUCCGCCGCUCUCUCCGCCGUGUCGAUGGUGUUCACCAAAAUCGAUUCAAAUUUUUCGGCCAGUUGUUUGAGUCACGCCAAGCAACUUUACAUGUUCGCCACUCAGUACAGAGGGCUGUACCACGACGCCAUCAAAGGAGCGGCGCAAUAUUACGAAUCGACAGAUUAUGGUGACGAAUUGACGUGGGCCGCGGCUUGGCUGUACAAGGCCACAAAGGAGUCACAGUAUUUGGACGACGCCGAGUACAUGUACAUGAAGUAUAGACUUAAAGAACGGCCGAACGAAUUUUACUACAACAAAAAAGUCGCUGGAGUACAGGCCCUUCUUGCGGAACUAACUAAUCAAUCUGAGUACACCGAAGCAAUUCAAAAUUUCUGCGACUACAAUUUGUACGUUCAAAAGAAAACACCAAAAGGACUGUUGUACAUCGAAAAAUCCGGUACACUGUGUCAUGCAGCAAACAUUGUGUUCUUGUGCUUGCAGGCUGCUGAUAUUGGCAUAAUGUCAGCGCAAUACCGAGCAUUUGCCAAAUAUCAGAUAGAUUACAUACUGGGAGACGGAGGACAGAGUUACGUAGUAGGAUUCGGUAAAAACUACCCAUUACAACCACAUCACGCAGCGAGCUCCUGUCUGGACCGCCCGGCUCCUUGCGACUGGGAAGCGUACCGGAGCCCCAAGCCCAAUCCACAGGUUUUGUACGGUGCUCUAGUCAGCGGACCCGACGAGAACGACAACUAUAAGGACCUGCGGGAGGAGUACAUCUACAACGAGGUGACUUUGGACUACAACGCCGGCUUCCAGUCGGCCGUCGCCGGGCUCAAGCAACUGGAACUCCGGGCCAGCCGGCAUAAGGCCAUGAUGGACGCCAACGGUCUUCAGCUGUCGUCCAACGCGACGGACGCGUAAUCGUCGUCCCGGACCGCCGACCGCGCCGGAAAACUCCACCGCAUUUCACUUUUGUUUCAUAAAAUUAAAAUAAAAAAAAAUAAACGUGUUUUCUUUGACCCGGAGA